AUGGCCAUCGAACAGAGUCGCACACAAGUGGUCCAGCUGUUGGGCGACAUUAUGAACAAUCCGUCGGAGUUGAUGCAUCAAUCGACCGAGGAGCUGACCAGCCUCCAUGCCAAUCCGGACAGCACCGUCGAGCUGUGCCUGAUGCUGGGCAAUGUGGGUAAGCUGCCGGCCAUGCGCAAGUGCUCGGGCCACAUACUGAAGAAUCGAUUGGCCCAGGCGGGCAUGUGGAAGAAGAUGACGUUCAGCCAGCAGCAGGAGACGCAGAAGGCGCUCUUCAGUGCCCUCAAGUCGAUGUCCGUCAGCGACGACGAGAGCCUGCAGAUGACAAUCGUGCGCUGUGUUGGCCUGGUGAUGGAGCAUGUGAUGGACGCCACUGACGAGACGUCCGAGUGGAACAAUCGCAUCAUGAAUCACAUCAACGACCUGUGCGUUUGCCCCGACAAGAUCGCCCAGCAGCUGGGCUCUAUUUGCUUCAAGCUGCUGAUGAAGGGGGCGCCGAAUGUCUUCGAGAAGUAUCUGCUGCGCGCCAAGAGCAUAUUCAUGAACGCCCUGCAGAAGGCCAAGGAGAACGGUGAUCUGGGUUCGCAGGCAACCGAAAAUCUGCUUGCCGGCUGGAGCAUGGCCAUACCGUUGUUUCGCAGCCACAUCAGCGAUCAGGAUGAGCUAGCCGCCACGCUGCCGCUGAUCAUGGAGCUGACGCACGCGUUCGCCUACCUGCCGAAUCCGAAGCGCAGCUACCGCGGCUUCGAUGUGCUCGUCAAGCUGAACAAGCAUCUGCCGGAGCUGGUGUGGCCCCAGCUGCACGUGGUGCUCAACAAGCUGAUGGGGCUGGCCGGCGACUUGCAUCUGAGCGAUGAGAUACGCGUCCAGGCGAUCAUCUCGCUGAGGAACUGUGUGCGUCACAAGCGCCGGCACAUCAUUCGUCUCAAAAUGAUGGACAAGCUGCUGAUGACGCUGUUCCAUCUGAUGGCCGUCAAGCCGGCCCUGGACGCCGAUGGCGAGGAGCUCUAUUUGGUGGACAGCAAUGAAUCGCAAUCGCCGCUCUCCGAGGCGGCCCAAACGGUCCUCUUCAUUGCCGCCCAGUCGGACACGAAUCGUGUGGCACAGCGCGCCCUGCGCCUCAUGCUGCCCAAGCUGGACCAGCAGAAGUCGGCGCUGCAGCGCGUCGCCGCCUAUCUGUUCCUGGCCCUAAUGGCCAAGGGCUUCACCGACCUGCUGGCGGACGAUCCGCUGCACAGCUUUGUCGCUGCCGUCGAGAGGGGCGUGCACGAUGUCGAUUCGAUGGUGCGCCGAUCCGCGCACUUUGCGCUCGCCAUUCUGGCCGAGAAUCUUCAGCCGGAAAUCACGGUGCUGGCCCCGCAAAUAUUGCGGCUCUUCUGCGAGUUUCUCGAUCAGAUGACGCCGGCACAGCGUCUGACCGAUCACGAGACGGAGUCGCAAACCCGCAUGUUCUGCACCCUGGAGAUCUACUGCGAGAGCCUGAGGCGAGAGGCGCUCCAGCCGCAUCUGGGCGAACUGAUGCGCCGACUGAUGUACACGGCCGAUCCCAACCACAACUCCAUAUCGCUGCGCCAGCUGGCGCUGAGUGCCAUCGCCUCUCUGGCCAAAAUGACCACGGAUAUGUUCAAGCCCCACUUCGACGAGGUCCUGGCCGUCGCCCUGCCGCUGGCCAGGCACACGCCCAACGACGACCAAACGGUGCUACGAACUCAGGCAGUCCAGGUUAUCAACAUGUUGAGCCACGUAGAUACAGAGAAGUUCAAGUAUCGUUCGCCCGAGCUAAUGGGCUGCUUCUUGGAUUUGCUGCAUAACGAGAAUGGUGUGCAGGUGUUUACGUUCGAGCUGCUGGGGGCGCUGGCCAAGCAUGUUCCAAAUAUGAUCUUGCAUCAUGUCGAGCCCAUAAUGGGUGGCCUCUUCUUGGCGAUCAAAGACGGCCCCAACGACGGCAAGGCGACCGACGAGGAGCGGGACGCCGAUGACCUCGAGGUGGAGACGGAUGCCGAUGCUAGCAUCUGCGCCGAGGAGGACAGCAUCGGCGACGGGCACGGCGACCAGACGGAGAACGAUGGCAACUCCCGAAGCGGCACCAGCAGCGACAGCUUGUCCACAACGGUGGCAGCGGACGAGGCGCUACUGUGCAUCAAGGAGCUGGCUGAGCAUGUGCCCGAUGCACUCAUCCCAUGUCUGACCGAUACGGAGCGCUACGUUGCCGAUUGCAGCGAUGCGCGCAACGAAUUGACCCGCCGGGCGGCCUACGAGGCGAUGAGCCAAUUGGCAGCACUGCAUUUCUACAAGGACGACGUGGAGGAGACGAAGCGGCAGUGGCAGGAGCUGAUGCCCGACCUGGUGGACUUUGUGGAGACGGCCAAGGAGACGGCGAACGUGAUUGGGGCCAUGAACUGCAUCACGCUGUUCCUCAAGAUGCUCAAGUCCGAUGCGCUGGAGGGCGAGGGCUUCUCCGACAUGAUCAUCAGUGUGGUGCGUCGCACGCUGCGGCGCAAGCUGAGCUGCCAGUUCAACAUUGGCCAGGACACAAAGAUGUCCGUGCUGCAGCAGUGGAGCCAGGCGCUCUACGCCGAGAUGCAGGUGAUGGAGGCCGUCGGCGAUCUGCUGCCGGCCUUUGGCCAGUCGAUGAGCAAACGCCAAUUCGCCACCCACUUCCAGAGCAUUAGCAAUCGAUUCCUGAAGAGCCUGCGCCAGUGCAAGCCCUCCGGCCAGGUAACGGCCCAUCUGUUCUUCCUGUACAAUCUGGUCUUCCGCUGCAUGGAGCCGCUGGGCGUCAUGGCCGAGCAGUACUACGAUGUGCUCUGCUACAGCGCCGUCGACUGCAUGAUGGAUGGCAAGCCGCAAUCCCGCAAAUUUGCGAUCGAUGUGCUCCACUGGCUGCUCAGCCAUGUCCAUGACACCGAGAGCGCGGACGUCAUCGUGAAGGCCACCUCCUCGGUCUUCAUAGAGGCGCUCGAUGCCUGCACGCUGCUGUCGUCGGCCGAGCGGGAGCUGGUCUGUGCGGUUGUGGCUCGCAUGAUGCUCAACGUCGACACCAUCACCAACGAGAAUACAUUGGCCUUGCUCUAUGCGAAUUUGCCCCUUCGCAGCGAAUUCGGUGCGUAUCUGCACAUUGUACAGGCCAUGCGUCGCCUCUACGAGAAAUAUCCGCAAUUGUUGGAGCCACAUCUCAGAGAGACGGUGCAGCUGCUGCUCGAGUCCCUGGAGAAGCAGCAGCUGCCGGACGAGAACACCCAGGACAGAGCUAUUAGGCUACUGACUCAGAUCAGGCGCGAUCGCAAGCCGCUGUACGACGAGAUCAGUCAACAGUUUCCGGCGGCUAUGGUAAAAAUGGCACUGAACUAG